CACCCGGAGAAGCUCCCCUCCGCGAUCACGCGCCAUGAGAACGAGGUCAUCCGGGUGUUCGGCAUGCUCGAGAGCGUGCUGUCGAAGCAGGAGUGGCUGCUCGGCGACAAGCGCACGAUCGUGGACAUCCUGUUCGUGGUCCGGAUCAUGGUCCCCGUGUCGCGCGGCAUGCUCUUGGGCGUCGAGGGCCUGGACGUGCCGACUAAGUCCCCAGUGUUCUACUCGUAA